CUCGAAAACAACAGUAUUGCCCAUCGCCUCAACAACACAAAUAACCAAGACUGCUACCACAGAUACAGUAAUGACACCCACAUCAACGACACCUGCCACCUCGGAAACAACAGGAUUGCCCGUCACCUCAACAACACAAAUAACCAAGACAGCUACCACAGAUACAGUAACGACACCCACAUCAACGACACCUGCCACCUCGGAAACAACAGGAUUGCCCGUCACCUCAACAACACAAAUAACCACGACUGCUACCACAGAUACAGUAACGACACCCACAUCAGUAACACCACAAAGUACACCAGACAUCACGUCUUCAACCGAUUUCUCUACUGGAAGAACAAUGACACCAGCGAACACUGCGUCCACAUCCUUGAGUACCACUGGUCCAUUGACCCCCACCAGCGAACUCAGCUCCACACUCGCUCUUUCCAGCACCUCACCCACCCACACAAAUAUCAUCCCAUCUUCCCCUCCACCUUCCCCAACCUCAGAGCCAGUCUCCACUUCGACUGCAAACACUAGCCCUAUGUCCACCCUGAGUACCACCAUCCCCGCUACACACCCAACUUCUGGCCCUUCAACUCCCACCACUCCUCCCAUCAGGUCCACAACAGAAAUCACCACUCCCACGCACAUUGAAGCUCCUGUCACCUCGAUCACAGCCACUUUUCCCAUUCUAGCCUCAACUACAGAAGUAGCCCAGUGUGGGACCACAAGCGUGGUAACAGCACGCACCUCAAUAACAGCUCUCAGUACUUCAAGUGUUUCUCCCUCAACACCUUUCCCUGAAUUGAUUACUUCUACUAAUGCAAUAAGUACCCCUUUUAGUACCAUCAUCUCGUCUUCAAUACCUGAAAUAACAAUAUCAUCUCUAUCUUCCAUCAGCACAAGUUCACUGGUCUCUACGACAAGUAAGUCUUUUCCUACCUCCUCUCAUGUCUACAGUACAGACAUCACAGGGUCUUCUGUCACUGCUUUUCCUACUUUUUCCUCAUCUGAAACUGCAAGAACUUCUCUCACCACUUCUCCCCAAAAUGGUAGCAGUCGUCUUACCCAAACCACCACCAUGUUGACUCUUUCUUCCACUACCCAAUGUCCAGAAUCAAUAUCGGUUACAAUAGUGUCUGCCUCUCCCACUACACCAUGUAUAGAAGUGGGUCCAAAUCCUGAAGUUACUUCUACGCCCACCAUCCCAUUAUCAGUCUUUACCUCUACUACUGAGAGGGCCACCUAUCCCAGUUCCACCACCAGGACAACUGUGUUCCCUGCAAAAACGGACACUUCUACUUCCGUUUUCGAAACUGACCCCACUGACAUGACUGAUGCGCCUAGUUCUAUCAGCACUGGAACCAUCCCCAUUAACACGGAUUUCACGAGCACACAAAGACCCACCAGUGGCACCUGGAUCAGCACCAACUUUGUAACUACCCCACGUGUGCCCGGCUCCACUAGCCUCCCAGUGACCAUGAAACCAAGUAGCAGCUUUUCAACUACCAUGAUGACUUCAAGCAAGCUGACGCGCCCCACCUCACACAUCACCAGCGCUCCAGGGAUACCAGCGGCUACCACCAAGACUCUCUCCACCCUUACGUCACCCAGGACAACUUUGACCACGACUCAGAUGACCACACAGUCUAGGUUGACCACCACCCCAGGCACUUGUGACAAUGGUGGCACCUGGAUGCAGAGCCAGUGCUCCUGCCCCAGCACUUUCUCUGGCUCCCGCUGUGAGUUUGCUGCGGAACAAAUAGAUGUGGACAAAGUGGACGCUGAAGUGGGCAUGGAGGUUUCUGUUGACCAGAAGUUCUCCCCGGACCUUAAUGACAACACUUCUAAGGCCUAUAGGGAUUUCACGGACACCUUCCGGGAUCAGAUGAAGAAGGUCUACCAAAAUGUGGAGGGGUUCAAGGAGGUGGUGAUCCUUUCUCUGAGGAAUGGCAGCAUUGUUGUGGACUACCUGGUCCAGCUGGAGUUACCCUUCAGCCUCCAGCUGGAGAGCGAGUAUGAGAAUGUGAAAGUGGCCCUGAAGGAGGAGCUCCAGACUUUCAGCCAGAAUAGCAGCUGCGGGAAGGACCAGGUCUUGUGUUUUAAGCCUGAUUCCAUCAAGGUGAACAACACCACCAGGACGGAGCUGUCCCAGGAAGCCAUCUGUCGCCACGCUGCUGCCGUGGGCUACGAGGAUUUCUACUUCCCCUUGGUGAAGGAGAACAAGCUCCUCUGUGUCACCAAAUGCACGGCGGGCGUGGACGGCGCCAUCGACUGUCGUCAGGGCCAGUGCGUUCUGCAGAGGAGCGGUCCUUAUUGCCGCUGCUUCUCCACGGACACGCACUGGUUCUUGGGCUCGCGCUGCGAGGUGACCAUCUCCUGGAAGGCGCUUGUCGGAGGCCUGGCGGGGACCGCGGCGCUGCUGCUGCUGCUGCUGCUGGGGGCGCUGAGCGUCUUCGUCGCGCGCUCGUGGAGGAGGCGCGGCCAAGGCGGAGACCUGUCCUGGGACGACAGGAAGUGGUUCGAGACCUGUGAUGAGAACACCGAGAAGACUUUUUCUAACUUGGGCUUCGAGAAUGACAGAACAGAUGAAAACUUCUAUGUGGCCUUGGAGAACGUGGACACUAAUAUGACGCUGCACUUCCACAAACCUGAGGUGAACUUGACCUCUCUGUGACCUCCACACUGCCUUCUCCACGCUGCCGCGGACAGUGCAGGGAACCAUCUGCACUGCCUCUGAAGAGAUGGCUGUGAACUCCUGCGGCUCAGUCUCCUGGUUUCCUUGGGCAGCAUCAGACUCCCCCCUGACCCCUAUCCUUCUCCCAACUUGUGUGAAACCCACCUGGAGACCCAGUUCAAAUCCAGGCUCUUCCACUCUGGGACCUUGGGCAAGUCAGUCACUUCUCUGAACCUCGGUUUUGUCACCUGUAAAAUGAGUGUGGCCGGGCUUCCCU